UUUAUUAAUUUACUUUGAUUAAUUCUAUGCCGGUGCAAAAAGUUUUGUCAUCAGAUAACACUUCCGCGUGAAAAAUCUCGAAGUUUUUGGGUAAUAAUUUAGUAUUUUUCUAAAAUUAUUAAAAAUAUACUCAACAUGUCGCUUAAACUUUUAUCGACCAAUAAAUGUUUCGAAGGCGAACAGCGUGUAUACAGUCAUGAGUCCAGUACAUUGGGCUGUGAGAUGAAAUUCGGUGUUUAUUUGCCGCCUUGCUUGUUGGAAGAUAAAACCGAAUGUCCGGUAUUGUACUUUUUAAGUGGAUUGACCUGUACCCACGAAAACUUUAUACACAAGUCCGGCGUUCAACAGUAUGCUGCCAAGCAUGGUUUGGUAGUGGUGAAUCCUGAUACUUCUCCUCGUGGCCUUAACAUUGAGGGAGAAGAUGAUGCUUAUGACUUCGGUACAGGAGCUGGUUUCUACGUUAAUGCUACUCAAGAACCUUGGUCUAAGAAUUAUCAAAUGUUUUCUUACGUUACUCAGGAAUUGGUGGAAUUGAUAAAUAAAAACUUUGCAGUUGUACCCAAUAAGAAGGGUAUUUUUGGCCACAGCAUGGGUGGUCAUGGUGCCUUGGUUUGUGCUUUAAAGAAUCCUGGCCUAUACCAGUCGGUUUCAGCUUUUGCUCCCAUUUCAAAUCCUAUUGAGUGUCCCUGGGGUCAAAAAGCUUUCAAAGGGUAUUUGGGAGACGACCAAGAAGCUUGGAAACAAUGGGAUGCUACUCAUUUAGCCAAGGAUUAUGCUGGUACCCCUUUGGAAUUGUUUGUUGAUCAAGGCAGUGAAGAUGAUUUCCUUAAACAGAAACAACUACUUCCUGAUAAUUUGUUAGCCGCCACUGCCAACAAUGAUCAUUUGCAAACCAUUUACAAAUUGCGUGAGGGUUAUGAUCACAGCUACUAUUACAUCGCCUCCUUUAUAGGCGAACACGUUGCUUACCAUGCCAAAUUAUUAAAACAAUAAAUUAAUAAUUAAAAAUGAAACAAUUGAAGAAUUUAAUUUCAGAAAAUUUACUCAUUGAGAUUGUUUAUUUUACAACUUAAAUGAAGUAAAUGUCCAAAUACAUAAUUUUAAUAUUAAACUAUAUUUUUUGUAUAAAGUUAAAGCUAAACUAAAAAAAGAAAAAAUAUAUAUUUAAAUGAAUGUUCCAUAACUUGCAAUAA